AUGGGAAAUUGUUCAAGUGAAGAACUAAGUCUUUCUGAAUUAGAAUUGUAUAGUAAGUGAUCAGCAUAUCAUUUAGCUCCUUAAUUAUCACAAUAUAAAUUACUCUAUGUAAUAGGGAAGGGUGGUUUUGGAAGAGUUUGGAAAGUAAAAUGUUAAAAAAAGUUUUUUGCAUUAAAAGAGAUGAUAAAAUCUAAGUAGAUUUCUCAACUAUAUAGAAAUCAGAAUAAUUGAAAAACAGUCUAUUUAGAGUGUGAUAAAUGAAAGAAUUUUGCUUUAGAAAUUAAAUCAUCCGUAUUAUAUUAGUCUAAAUAGAUUUCUAGUUAAUAUGAGAGGAGCAUUUUAGACUUCAACACAUUUAUAUAUUGUUUUAGACUAUAUGGAAGGAGGAGAUUUAAGAUAUCAUCUAUGUAAAUAAGGGAAAUUCAAUGAAGAACAAACAAGUAGCAAUUCUAUUUAAUAUCUAAGAAUUUUUUGUUAUUUGUGUAUUGAUGGCACUACAAUAUUUACAUAAAAAUCUUGUACUUCAUAGAGAUAUCAAACCAGAAAAUUUAGUAUUUGAUGAUGAAGGUUAUCUUCAUCUAACUGAUUUGGGUAUUGCAAGAAUAUGGAAACCCAAUAAUAAGAAUGAAACAAGUGGAACUCCUGGAUAUAUGGCUCCAGAAGUUAUGAUGAAAUCUGAUCAUGGUGUAGCUUGCGAUUAUUUUGCAUUAGGUUGUUUGGUUUAUGAAUGCUUAACAGGAAAAGUAUGAUCUUAUAUAUAAAAGCAAAGAGACCUUAUUAAGGAAAGAAUAGAAAACAAAUUAGAGAAUUAAUAAUGAGCAAAUAAGUAAAAUUACAUAAACAAGGCUUAUCUAAAGAAGUUACAGAUUUUGUAAAUAGAUUACUAGAAAGAAAAGCCAUUCAAAGAUUAGGCAAUGAUGGUCCAGAUGAAGUAAUGGGUCAUCCAUGGUUAAAAAAUGUUGAUUGGGGCAGAUAUUAUGAUAAAUUAAUUGAAGCUCCUUAUAAAAUUAUUGGUAAAGAUAAUUUUGAUUCCAAAUUUGUAAAUCAAGUUUUGACUAUAAGUGAAUAUAAAGAGGAAAGAGAUCAUAAUAAUAUGUUUUAAGGAUUCACAUAUUAUGAAAACAAUGAUGAGUAAUAGAUCACAGAUAUAGGCACUAAUAAAUAAAAGCUAUUAUUAUCUACUAAAUAUUAUUGA